AUGGGCACGGGUACCGUGCUCGCCAGAUUCGGCCUCAAGUGGCUCACAAUCGCGGUGGCCGUGACUCUCGCGUCCGUCGCCGCGCUCCACGCCAUCGACAACUAUUACGUCGUCCGUCACCCGCCCGUCUGCGCCGCGUCCGCCAACCGUGAAGUCUGCGUCACGGAGUACCGGAUCGCGCGCCGCUCCCUCGGCGCGGCGCCCGCGUCGACGCAGCAGGUGACGGCGGCGAUGAUCGAGUCGGCGCGCGCGAAGGUGGCGGCGGGACUGGAGCUGGUGAAGGAGAUUCAGACGGCCAACGCGGGACGUAGUGUGGAGGUUGAAGCCGUUAGCGACGACUGUGUGACCCAGGUGAGUGCGGCGCUGGCGCAGCUCGAGAAGUCUUCCUCCGCGAUCAGCGCCGGCAGCAACGUGAUCGACCUGCCCUACUGGCUGCAGACGGCGCAGACGCAACUCACCAACUGUCUCUCAGCGUACCGCGAAUUGGCGCCGUCCGCGCUCUCCACCCCCACGGGUGUCUAUCUCGCGUCGGAGUCCGCGUUGACCAAGUCAACGCUCGUCGCCGCCAUCGACCUCACGUCGCAAGCCGCCACCGCGGCGCGCUCGUCGCGCGGCCGCCAGGCGCUGGAGAAUGGCGGCGAGAGCAACGGGCACCCCGAGUGGCUGGAGACUGGACUAUACGAACAGCUGAAGGAGCUCCAGGCGCACAUGCAGGGGGACCACGACGGCGCGCAGGAGUGGGCGGAGAAGCGCCGCGGACUGCUCGGGCUCCCCGCGCCCACGGAAAUCCGCCGGCGGGAGUUGAGAAUCAAGGGGCACCACGCCGAUCUCUGGGAUAACGGCCGGAAGAAGGGCGGUCAUCCCAAAGGCGUCGGCGGGCACAAGCAGCUAUGGAAGAACGGGAAGAAGAAGGGGGGAAAUCAUGCCCCCGGUAUCGGCGGGCACGCGCACCUGUGGAACAACGGGAAGAAGGUCGGCGGAAACCACAAGAAGGGGGUGGGGCACCACCCGGGGAAGGGAAGGAACCGCAAGUCCGGAGGAGGCGGAAGCGGCGGCGGCGGCGGCGGCGGCAGCGGCGGCGUAUCCGGCGGGUCGUACACCCCGAGCUUGAAACCCGACGCGGUGGUGGGCAGCGGAGAGCAGUACUCGAGCGUGAAAUCCGCCGUGAACGCCGCUCCUAAGAAGGGCCGCUUCGUCAUCUACAUAAAGGCGGGGACGUACGACGAAGUGGUUCAGUUCGAUAACGAGGGGAUCAUCUUCGUGGGAGACGGGCCGGAUCGCACGAUCAUCACGGGCAGCAAGAGCAUGGGCGGCGGGUCGGGAACGACUUUCAAGUCGGCGACGGUGGGGGCGAAUCGCGACAAAUUCGUGGCGCUGGGCGUGAAGUUUGUGAACACGGCGGGGCGCGAGAACGAGCAGGCCGUGUCGAUGCGCGCUAGUGGGGACGCUUCGGCUUUCUUCGAAUGCGCGUUCGAAGGCUUCCAGGACACUCUAUAUGUGGACGCAGGAAGGCAGUACUACAAGAACUGCUACGUGGGCGGCACGAUCGACUUCAUAUUCGGCGACGCGGCAGUGGUUCUCGACAGCAUCGACAUUCGGCUGCACACGAGCCACUCCUUCGUCACCAUCACCGCGUCCGGCCGCGACACCAACGGCCCCACGGGGAUCGUGAUUCGGAACUCCAAGAUCAGCGCGGAUGCGGGAGUUACGGACGUGUAUUUGGGGCGCCCGUGGAAGAGCUGUGCGCGCGUGGUUUACGUCGACACGUACAUGCCUGCUGAGCUCAAUGCGGAUGGGUGGAGCACGUGGGGAGGGGACACGCGCGGCAGCUGUGUGUACUAUGCAGAGAAGGGCAGCACGGGGCCGGGCGCUCGCACCUCGCGAGCAUCCUGGGUGCACCCUGGGAUCAUCUCGGACGCCUCCCAGUUCGACCCUGAGCCGUUUGUUGAUCUGAGCACGUGGCUCGAUGUUGCGGGGAAGAACCCCAAGUGGUGA